UAUUAUCUCAAUGUGUCUGUUUUUAUCCCGUCAAAGCAUGGCUUGUCCCUCAGUUGGAAUCAAUUCAAAGUCGUAGCCAGGAUUUCGAGUGCAAAAAGUGUGCUUUAGAACAAUUCGUGGACCCUGUGAACCCCAUUCGCCAUUGUUGCCCCUUAACCAGCAUCAUUAACCGUGCUUUGGUCAAGUGGCUUUCAGUUCUUCAGUCUGAAGAAAGUUGCCAAGAAUGGCCGGUUCUUCUGGUAUUCGAUUCGUCGUCUCUCCGACUUUUUGGACUCGUGCUAAUUGCUUAUACCUUUAUCCUAACAUUCUACCAAGCACACUUGCAGAGCGAGUGAAUGAUAAGCUCCAUUCUCGGUCAAAACAAGUGAUGAAAAAGAGAGACACCAAUGAUCACUACUCUCCCUAAAUACUUCGUUAAGCACUCUUCCAGAUCUUAAAACUGCUCGUAGGCUGUGCCUUUGCAGCCAUUGGAAGCUGGGCAGUGCAAUGGGGGAGAACAAGGGAAGUGCUGUGUUCUUGUGGGUGGCCUUCUUCCUCUGCUCUUCGGAUUUUGCAAAUGCUUUGCUCUCCCCUAAAGGUGUUAAUUUUGAAGUUCAAGCUUUGAUGGACAUCAAAGUUUUAUUAAAGGAUCCCCAUGGUGUUCUUGGCAAUUGGGACAGAGACUCUGUUGAUCCAUGCAGCUGGAGCAUGGUCUCAUGCUCACCUCAAACCUUAGUGAUUGGCCUGGAAAUUCCUAGCCAGAAUCUCUCAGGAACUCUUUCUCCAAGCAUAGGGAACCUUACAAAUCUUGAGUUCGUUCUCCUGCAGAAUAACAACAUAUCAGGAUUAGUGCCACAAGAGAUUGGGAAGCUCUCCAAACUCCAUAAACUCGAUCUCUCCAACAACAAAUUUUGGGGUGAAAUUCCUGAUUCAGCAGGAAACUUGAAGGGCCUUCAGUACCUGAGGCUAAAUAAUAACAGUUUCAGUGGAGCAUUUCCUGUGCCUUUGGCAAACCUCACUGCUCUAAUAUUUUUGGACUUGUCUUACAACAACUUUAGUGGCCCUAUGCCCAAGUUUCCUGCCAAGACAGUUAACAUUGUAGGCAAUCCUUUAAUUUGCCCAACUGGUUCAGAACAGAGAUGUUUCGACACACCACCAGUGCCGAUCUCCUCCAACUUAAAUAACACUCAAGGUGUCCGGACUUCAGGAAGGCCGAAAGUUCGCAAAGUUCUUGCAUUUGCAUCCAGCUUUGCAUGUGUAGCUACAAUCAGCCUUGUCCUGGGAUUUUAUCUCUGGUGGAGGCAAAGGCACAACCAGAAUCUGUUCUUAGAUGUCAAUGAGCAACACAAGGAGGAACUCUGCCAUGGAAACCUGAGGAGGUUCCAGUUCAGGGAGCUGCAAAUUGCAACCGACAACUUCAGCAGCAAGAACAUACUGGGAAGAGGCGGAUUCGGAAACGUUUACAAGGGGAAACUGCGGGACGGGACGGUGGUGGCGGUGAAGAGGCUCAGGGACGGAAACGCCGCCGGCGGGGAGGUCCAGUUCCAGACCGAAGUGGAAAUGAUAAGCUUGGCGGUGCACAGGAACCUGCUGAGGCUGUGGGGGUACUGCAUGACUGCGACGGAGAGGCUCCUCGUUUAUCCCUUCAUGUCCAAUGGCAGCGUCGCUUCCCGUCUCAGAGCGAGGCCGUCGUUGGAGUGGCGGAGGAGGAAGAGGAUCGCGGUGGGGGCGGCCAGGGGGCUGCUGUACCUUCACGAGCAGUGCGACCCCAAGAUCAUCCACCGCGACGUCAAGGCGGCUAACAUCUUGCUGGACGACGAGUGCGAGGCCGUGGUGGGAGACUUCGGCCUCGCCAAGAUGCUGGACCACGGCGACUCCCACGUGACCACCGCGGUGCGGGGCACGGCCGGACACAUCGCGCCGGAGUACCUCUCCACCGGGCAGUCCUCCGAGAAGACGGACGUCUUCGGCUUCGGGAUCCUCCUCCUCGAGCUCGUCGCGGGGUCUUCGAGGGCCGCGAGCCAGAAGGGGGCCAUGAUCGAGUGGGUGCGCGAGGCGCACAGGGAGGAGGAGAAGAAGGUGGUGGAGGUGCUGGUGGACGAGGAACUGAAGAGGAAGGGGUACGACGAGGCGGAGGCGGAGGAAAUGGUGCGCGUGGCGCUGCUGUGCACGCGGCACGUGCCGGGGGAGCGGCCGAGGAUGGCGGAGGUGGUACGGAUGCUGGAAAAGGAAACGGUGCAGGCGGCAGCGUCCGGGCAAGGACUCAUGGGCGGCGUCGGAGGCAGUGGCGGACGCAAGUUCGAGGACGAGUUCGAAUUGCCGUCGGAGAGGUUUUCCGACGACUCGUCGUUGCUAGUCCAAGCCAUGGAGCUCUCCGGACCAAGGUGACGUGUCUCGUCGGAGAGCUUGUACACAAAGCUUGACAUUAAUAUAAUAAUAUGUUUUUUUCUUCCAGGUUUGUUUUUUUGCUGAAUUAAGAGCAACAAAAUAAAAUCUUCUCCAAUAAUGUUAUUAUAUCAAUUUAACUCAUUUAUCUAUAA